UGCUGAGGGAGGAAAGUUGGUGAGAAAAAGAAGGCUAAGAAGCACUCAACUCUCUGAUCACAUAUUUUCUUCCCCAAAACCUAUUUUUUAAAUUUCAGAAUAAAGUGUAUUUAUUUAGAAAGGUUCAGAAUGCCAACAAAGCAGCUGCAACUUUUCUUACCCCCAAUUACAGAGUGGUAUUCAGUUAACAGAACAGCAAUUAUUUUAUAUAAGCUGUAUCAGAGGCAAUGGAAGUUGAAAAAUUACCAUCCCCAAAUAUAACUCAUUUGUUCUGUGCCCCAAGAAUCUGCUUUAACUUUCCAUGCAAUUUACAACCCCCAUUCUGUACCAGGCAGAGUGUGACUAUUGAGAAUACUACCAGAAUGGGGUUGUCUAAAGACACAUUUGGUAAUGUGUUAAUUAUAAAAGAAAGACACUGUACAGUUUAAAAACAAAUCUUAUAAGGCUUACAUUUCAAAUUUUUCUUUUUAGAAAAGAUGAGUCUGGUACAAAAGGAGGGUUAGAUGCUUUAUGGCAAGAAAAAAAAAAAAACCGCUAUAAUCAACUUCUUCUCCCUAAUUUUUUUGGGGGUACUGGGGAUUGAACCCAGGGUGCUUUACCACUGAACUAUUACAUCCCCAGCCUUUUUAUUUUAUUUUAUUUUUUAAAUUUGAGACAGGGCCUUGCUAAGUUGCUGAGGCUGGUCUCAAACUUGCAGUCUGCUUUCCUCAACCUCCUUGCUAGAAACUACAGUGGCCACAUGGUCUGUCCCCAUCCUGCCUCUCCAGCCUCAUCUCUCCUGACCUGUUUCUCUUCCACAAAUGGCAAUCUCCCUUCAGAUCUUUUGUACCUGCCUCCCCUCCUGGAGUGUUUCCUCUAACUUUAACUCACUCUGAUAAAAGUCUGUUUAUCCUGCAGGUCUCAUCUUAGACAUGUUCUCAGGGAGGGCCCCUGAUCCUGGGCAUGGGUUCUUUUCCUUCACAAUACCCUCGCAAUUAUAAUGUAUAUUAAUAUUAUUUGUUUAAUGUCAUCUCCCCUUUUAGAUUCUAGAACUGUAAUAAUAGGAACUAUUUCUUUGUAUUUAUUGCUGUAGCCUUAUCCCAAGGUAGUGUCUGGUAUAUAUUUACUUUGAAUAAUUAUUAAUAGGAAAUGGAAUAAAAGUGGUUGGUGCUGGUGCCAAGAUCAAACUGGGUGGAGAGUCACCCUUGGAUGACCCACUUGGCAACAGGAUCCUGGGAAUGGAGGAAGAGUGUUCUCAUUCCUGUAGAGACCCACUCAGGAUUGAGAUGGCUUACUGUGUAAUGUGAAGCAUUAGAGGAGGUGAGAGGACCUCAUUGUUUAAACUGCCUACUUGCCUAACUGACCCUAUGUCACAGAUCUUCAGGACUGUUUUCUGUUUGUUCAACUCCUUAUCUUACCCUCAUCCAAAAAUUGUGGGAUGCUUCUGUGAAGUUCUUUCUCAGAAUGCAUUGCACACCUAAAUCACAUAUCUGUUGGGAUUGUUCAUGAACCACAGGAGGUUAGAACUUCUGCUGCUGGCUCGAGUCCACCCUCCGUCAGCUCACACGUGCUUGGUGCUUCUAUGUGCCAGUUGCUCUUAUGUAAUUAUCUCUACAGAUGAGAGAGCCAAGGUGGAGAGAGGAACUAACUUAUCCAGGGAAUUUUAUAUGUAAUUUAUGUAAAAAGUGGCCGAGUAUAUGGAUGACUUCCCCAGGAACACCAGUAUGUUAAUUUGUUAGGACUGCUGUAACAAAGGCCACAGACUGGCUUAAACAACAGAAAUUUAGGUUGUAGUUCAGCUCCUUGAGGAGGCUUGCUUGUCUCUAGGUGGUGUGUUCCACCUUGACAGCUGCGACCAGCAGCAAGGCCUGCCCAGAGCCCUCACCCGGGGUAACUGUAAAGUGCUCAUCAGGUGCCUCUGAAUAUAAUUAAAACAGAAAACAGGAAGAUGGCAGCAAAUCCUUCAGGACAAGGUUUUCAAAACAAAAAUAGAGUUGCAAUCUUGGCAGAACCGGACAAAGAGAAAAGAAAAUUACUUAUGCAGAACCAAUCUUCAACAAAUCAUCCUGGAGCUAGCAUUGCCCUCUCCAGACCUGCACCUAAUAAGGACUUCCGGGAUCACGCAGAGCAGCAGCAAAUGGCAGCCCAGCAGAAGGCAGCUUUGCAGCACGCUCACGCACGUUCGUCUGGAUACUUCAUUACUCAAGACUCUGCAUUCGGGAAUCUUAUUCUUCCCGUUUUACUGCGCCUUGACCCAGAAUGAACAAAAAAACUGUGAUGAAAAUGACUUUGUAAUACCAAAUGCCAAAGCUACUCUCAUUCAGUGCUGUACACACUGUGAUGUUCAGAAUUUUUGUGAACUUACGUGUUUUUUUUUUUUUUUUUUUUCUUCUUUAAAAGAAAGGAAUAUGUAAGUGGGAGCAAAAAGCAGG